AUGGUGUCCGACCGUGUGUUGCGGCUCUGCCAGGCGCAAGAGACGCUCAGCUCCGUGUUAGCCGCCAACCCGUCCGAACCCCCCGGCGACGUCGUCAAGCGGCUCUACAAUGGGCAAAGUAGCCUCAGCAAUGGCAACAACAACGGGAAGAACAGCAACAAGAACAACGGCACGAACAACGACACGAAUAACGACACAAACAGCAACAGUGCCAAUGGCGCGACAAAAGAGCAAGACCCUCUCGAGGCGGCCUUGAAGUGCGGCAACUGGGGCCCCCGGGCACCCAGCACGCUCUUCCUCCAGGCCUACGCCGACGCGCUCGCCUGCCUCGACGACGACCCGUGGAGCGGCCUCGUCUCCCCUCCGCUCAUGGGCUCGCACGGCACGAUCCCCCUCACGGCCAUCGCGCCGCUGGCGGACAUCAUGCGGCACUGCUCGAACCUCAUCGCGCGCGCCGGGCGCGAAGUCAUCUUCGUCACCUGCGCGUGGUCGCCGUCCCUCGCGCAGCGGCUCAUCCGCGGCGCGCUCGUCGAGCUGUCGCGCCGCGCGGGGGCGACGAACCGCCGCGUCGUCGUCAAGAUCAUGUACGACCGGGCGGCGCUGUCCAACGCGCUGGAUCCGCACCAGGAGGUCAAGCCGGCGGCGUAUGCGGGCGCGGGGGUGCUGCUCCCGCCGCCGGAGGAGGUGCCCAACGUGGACCUGCAGGUGGUGAGCAUGCAUAGGUUUUUCCUCGGGACGCUGCAUGCCAAGUUUUGCGUCGUGGAUCGCGAGAUGGCCGUGGUGAUGAGCAAUAAUGUCGAGGACAAUGAUAACAUGGAGAUGAUGGCGCAUGUCGAAGGGCCCGUCGUGGACAGCAUCUAUGACACGGCACUGGCGAUAUGGAGCAAAGCGCUCGUCCCACCGCUGCCGUGCCUGACCGCACCGCCGCCGCCGCCGGUCGAGGACAAUGUCGCUGGCAGGAAUGAAACUGGCCCAGGCGGAGAGCCGCUGUAUCUGGCGCGCGGGCCGAGUCGGGAGCAGCAGAGCGAUAUCGUCGCCGAGGCAGAGGCCGCCGUGCCACUCCCGGAGCACACGCCUGAAGACCCGCACUACGACGACGACCUCGCGGGCGAGAUCCGGCGCAUGCAGUCGUGCUACGCGGCCAAGCCUGGCGAGACUCGCCUACAAGCGGCCAGCCGGCUGCUCAACCUGGCGGUCAAGAAUCCGAUCCCGGCAUCAGGGCCGGAGAUCCCAGACGGCGCGGAGAUGACGCCGUACCUGUCCACGUCAACGGCCGAGCCCGUGCCCAUGGCGCUGGUGUCGCGGCCGGCGUACGGGCCUUUCGACUCCAAGAGCGUGCGCGUGCCGCAGAACGAAGCCUGGCUGUCGCUGAUCCGGCACGCGCGGCAGUCCAUCUUCAUCCAGACGCCGGACCUCAACGCCGCGCCGCUGAUGGAGGCCCUUGCGCAAGCACUGCGUCGCGGCGUCGAGGUAACCUACUACGUGUGCUUUGGCUACAACGACCUCGGCGAGAUGAUCCCCGGCCAAGGCGGCACCAACGACCAAGCCGCGCGCGCCCUCAUCGCCUCCCUACCCGAAGACGGGCCCGAGCGCAAACUCCUGCGCAUACACAACUACGUGGGCAAAGACCAGUCGCGGCCGCUCCACCACUCGCUCAAGGCGCGGUCCUGCCACGUGAAGCUGCUCAUCGCGGACGGGGCGGUGGGCGUGCAGGGCAGCGGCAACCAGGACACGCAGUCGUGGUUCCACAGCCUCGAGGUGAACGUCAUGGUGGACGGCGAGGAGGUGUGCGCGCGGUGGCGCGAGGGCGUCGAGCGGAACCAGAACACGGCGCGGUUCGGGCGCGUGGCCGCCGACGGCGUGUGGAGGGACGCGGCGACGGGCGAGCCGGCCGAGGGGUAUCAGGGCGAUCCGGGGCGCGUGUCGGGGCUGGUGAGGGGGGUGACGGGCAUGGCGCUCAAGGCCAAGGGGAUGGGGGGGUUCUGA